AUGGAACAUCCAACGAAUAAAGACGAUAAUUUACUCAUUAUCGACGAAAAGCUGUCAGCACCAGCGCAUCUAAAUGUCGACAAGGAUGCGUUUGAGAAUCCUCUCUCCCCUUCUUCCUCCACGUCGUCACCGUUGGGUGUUCUAGCCCUCGUCUCCACCACCGAAACUCACCACCCAGUUCACUGGCCAGCAUGGAGAAAAUGGCUCGUCAUAACAGUUUACUGCCUUUUGCAGGUCAUCGUACUGGCGCUCUCGACAUCGUACGUUAGCACCCAAACGCCACUUCAGGAGAAAUUUGGCAGUUCGACGCAGGUCAUUGCGCUGGGUCAGUCUAUGUUCAUUAUCGGGAACGCUGUUGGACCGUUGUUCUUGGGCCCAUUGAGCGAUAUUAGUGGACGGAAGUGGGUUUAUGGAUGCGCUCUUGCUACUGACAUGCCCAUGAUGAUCAUCUUCAUGCUAUUGUCAGGAAUUGCCGGCAGUACAGCUAUCUCGAAUGUUGCUGGCACCAUUACCGACCUCUUCGGUGAUGCAGACAACACCGGUCAGCCACUGGGGCUAUUCGCUGUAUCGGCGAACACUGGAUCGAGCAUAGGCAGUGUGAUUGGUGAAUUGAUCAUCGAGAAUCCACGUUUAGGGUUGAGCUGGGUUUUCUGGAUCAACGUGAUCCUGGCCGGUGGUAUGGUCUUGAUCAUGACCUUCGUGCCGGAGACGUUGCCUCGUGUGGUGAUUUCUCGAGGGUUACGAGAGUCCCAGGCACAGACAAAACAGGUAGGGGCCGAUGGAAUGGAAAACUGGAUAGCGCAGUCACACAUCGCCAUUAUCAAGGAGACGCGCUUCGUCGCCACUAUGGCGUUCAGGAUUUUGUUCACUGAACCCACCGUCCUAUGUCUGGGGCUCUUCAACGGGUACAUCUACGGACUGCUCUUUUUAUACCUUUAUGGCAUAUUUGAUGUCUUUGUUGUGAAUAAUCAUCUCUCAGUGAUCGGUGCCAAUUUGACAUACCUCAACCUAAUUGUGGCUGUUGUCAUCAUGUUCAUCGUCUUCGUUCCUAUACAAACAACUUUAUAUAAGCGAGAUCGACUGAAGAACGGCGCUGGGCGACCCGAGGCACGAUUCUUGAUAUCCCUCUUUACUGUUUGGGGGUUUCCCAUCUCGCUGUUCUGGUUUGCGUUUACUUCCAGCGGAAACGUCUCUUUUUGGUGCCCAGUCGUCGCUGGAGCUGUGAUGGGUGUCGUUAAUCCGCUACUAUGGUUGAAUAUCAUAAACUAUAUCACAGACAGUUAUCAGAAUGUGGCAGGAAGCGCAGUUGCGGCUUUUCUAAUACCAAGUCAGAUGGUUGCAGCGGCAUGUGUACAUAUAGGUAUCGUCAUGUUUGACAAUCUGAGCCCGAAAUGGGCAUUCUUGAUAUUGGGUUUUGUAUCGUUCGGUGUGGUAGCAUCAGUUAGCAUUGACCUACCAUUCUGUGUACAAGCGAGCGAACGAGAUAUGAAUCUUAUCAAAGUUGAAUCCGCGCACAUAGCAACUACUCAGCAUGAGAACCAUGUUGACUUGGCUCUCACAAAAAACCACGACGCUGCUGAACUGGGCCAGUCAGCGACUGAUCGCUAUGGCCGGCCUUUGAUUCAGUUCGAUCCCGUUGCCGAGAAACGUCUGGUCAGGAAAUUUGAUCUAUACAUCAUUCCAACUGUUUCCCUGUUGUAUCUCUUCUGCUUUAUUGAUCGCGCCAACAUCGGCAACGCUAGACUUGCUGGCUUUGAGGAGGACCUUGGCUUGGAAGGGAAUGACUACAACAUAGUGUUGUCCGUUUUCUUCUCCUCGUAUAUUCUAUUCGAAAUCCCGUCAAACAUUGCGUGCAAAUGGAUCGGGCCUGGCAAGUUCAUUCCUGCAUUGACCUUGGGGUUCGGCAUCUGUAGCCUAGGAACGGCGUUUGUGCACAAUAUUCACUCUGCUUGUGGAGUUAGGUUUCUGCUGGGCAUCUUUGAGUCGGGUCUAUUGCCUGGAAUUGCAUAUUACAUGUCGAGAUGGUACCGGCGCAGCGAACUCGUGUUUCGAUUAUCAACGUAUAUCGUCAUGGCUCCCCUGGCCGGUGCAUUUGGUGGUUUGCUUGCGUCAGGUAUCCUUAGGCUUCACUCUCUUGGAAGUCUGCGUACAUGGCGCAUGAUCUUUGUCAUUGAAGGUGUUAUUACUUGUGGUCUCGCUCUCGUUGCUUUCUUCACCAUGACAGAUCGUCCAUCAUCUGCGCGCUGGCUCAAAGAUGAAGAGAGACACCUGGCCAUUGCACGGCUCAGAUCCGAGCGCGUAGGCACCACAGAAGUUCUUGAGAAACUAGAUACUAAAAAAGUGUUACGAGGCAUCUUCUCGCCCGUGACACUAACUACCGGGUUCAUCUUCCUGCUAAACAACAUUACCGUGCAGGGAUUGGCAGUCUUCGCACCAACUAUCGUACGGACAAUCUACCCUCAUAGCAGCGUUAUCUCGCAACAACUGCACACCGUGCCUCCAUACGUUGUCGGCGCAUGCUUCACCCUCUUCUUCCCCUAUCUAAGCUGGAGAAUGGACCGGCACAUGAUGUUCUUCAUACUCUCAUCUCCACUUAUGAUUGUAGGCUACAUCAUGUUCCUUGCAUCGGAGAACCCUCGUGUCCACUACGGUGCGAGUUUCCUCGUUGCCGCAGGCGCUUUCUCCUUCGGCGCGCUCUGCAACGCCAAUGCUUCGGCUAAUGUGAUAUCUGACACUUCCCGUUCUUCCGCUAUUGGCACUACAGUCAUGCUCGGAAACAUCGGAGGUUUGAUCAGCACAUGGAGUUAUUUGGCCUUUGAUGCCCCCGGAUACCAUAUUGGGAAUGGGUUGAAUCUGGCAUGUGCGAGUGCUACCUUUCUGCUGAGCAUCGGUCUAUUGAUGUGGAUGAAGUGGGAUAAUGCAAAGCGAGAGACGAUGGACGUGGAUUUGCAUGUAGAAGGAAAAUCUUUGGGGGAGAUACAAGCCAUGGAUUGGCGAAAUCCAGCUUGGAGGUGGAGAUAUUAG